UAUUAAAAUAGUAUUGAUUAGUGGGUUGUGUGGGCUUCUCUUGGAGUUUAUAUGACGAACAGAGGGACAAUUUCAAUUUUAAUACACAGGCUGUGGAAUUUAUUUGUUAUUUAGUGGAACAGCGAUGACGAAGGACCGUUUGGCCGCUUUGAAGGCGGCCCAGAGUGAUGACGAUGAUGUGGGGGCCGAUGAUGUUGCUGUUAAUGUGGACAGCAGUGGGUUCAUGGAGGAGUUCUUCGAACAGGUGGAAGAGAUACGAGAGAUGAUAAAUAAGAUAGCAUCUAAUGUAGACGAAGUGAAGAAAAAGCACAGUGCCAUCUUGUCAGCUCCCCACACAGAUGAGAAAAUGAAAGAGGAGCUGGAAGAAUUAAUGUCGGACAUUAAGAAAACAGCCAAUAAAGUUCGAGGGAAGUUAAAGGUUAUUGAACAAAAUAUAGAGCAGGAGGAGCAUUCAAACAAGUCAUCAGCAGACCUGAGGAUACGGAAAACUCAGCACGCCACAUUAUCACGUAAGUUUGUUGAAGUUAUGAAUGACUACAACGCUUGUCAGAUCGACUACCGGGAACGCUGCAAGGGCCGUAUCCAACGUCAGCUCGAAAUCACGGGAAAAACCACCACGGAUGAAGAACUUGAAGACAUGUUAGAGUCUGGUAAAGGCAACCCAGCAAUCUUCACACAAGGGAUUAUUAUGGAGACCCAGCAGGCCAAACAGACGCUCGCUGACAUCGAAGCUCGCCACGCUGAUAUCAUCAAGCUGGAGAACAGUAUUCGAGAAUUACACGACAUGUUUUUAGACAUGGCUAUGUUAGUCGAAAGUCAGGGAGAAAUGAUUGACAGGAUUGAGUAUAAUGUGGAGCAGGCUGUAGAUUAUAUUGAAACAGCCAAGAUGGACACUAAAAAGGCUGUCAAGUACCAGAGUAAAGCUAGGCGGAAAAAGAUUAUGAUAAUCAUCUGUGUAAUAGUGCUGCUAGGGGUAAUAGCACUAAUCCUGGGGCUAACUCUAAGCUGAACCCACAAUAACAUCCCCCGGAGGUACCCUCCUAUCCUUACCCCCCAAAGAACGACCCAACACAUUUUAUCUCUAGUAUAAUUUAUUUCAAUUUGUUGACGGUUGCGGCGGCCCAAGCGCCGCCGUUGUUGCUGCUCAUUCCUGCGUGUUCAUGGGCAUACCUGUAACAUACGAUUUGGUCAUGAUUUCUUGGCCAUGAUUUGGUCAUUUGGUCAUGAUUUCUUCAUUUGCAACAUGGACUUCAUCAUGCACAAAAGUUUGAAUUUAUGUAAAUAUCUAUAUAUACAGUAAAAUGUAUAUAUAUACUUAUAUAUCUAUACAGACAUUUAAAAAAAAAAUUAUAAUGAAAUAUUACAUGUGUAUCUAGUAUGAGUGUAUGGUGAAAUAUCAGAUCAUGGUGUACACUUCACGGUUCAUUCCAUAUAUGCAACAAGUGAAGGUCAUGCAGAGGUCACUUUUAGAGAUCAAGGUCACAUGUAUGACCUUAAGAACAAGGUCAGAGCUGAGGGGUGAAGAAGAAUGAUGCCUGUGCAAUAUGUAGAGAAGUAUUGCCAAUAUUAAUGCCUUUUUUUACCUCAGUUUUCAUUCGCUAAUCAUAUUAGUGUGAGAUUUGAAGUGAUGGGAAUAUUUUUCAUGGAUAAAGUUUUAUUUUGAAUGUGUUGUUUUACUGUUGUGUUUUUUCCUCUUUUGUUGCAUUUUUUUCUUCUUUUUAACACCAGAAAUGUGAACAGUAGACUGUUCUAUUUCGUACUGAAUAAGUCAGCAUUUCUGGUUUGAAAACCGUCAUUCUGUUUAAUGGCAGGGUUGUUUUCUGAUUAGCUAAUACAUUGUAUGAGUUAAUGUUUUUACACUUCGUCUUAACCACAGAUGUAGUGUCUGUUAGCACAUACAUAUUUAUGUAGACUACAACCUGAUGUAACCCAUACCCUGAUCAAAGACACUCGCCAUCGAUCCGGUGACAGUUGACAAUUUGGGACAGUUCCUUCUUAAGAUACUGCUAAAACCGCCAAGUACAUGUACAACACUGGCCAGUCUGAGUGGUGUGUCAUGAAACAGGCCUCAGACCAUCCCAUAUCAAAAUUUUACGGAUACCUAUUCAUCCGUUCCGUUCUGUUCAGGCCAGGUAUGUUUGUGUGUAGCGAGUAUCAGCCAUCAUACAUGUGUACAUGGCUCCAUAAGAUUUCUGUUAUUAAGGCUGAUCAAAUUUUAUCCUUUCACAACAUGGAAGGAAACUACUCUCAAAACAGUGAUGAUGUUUGGUUUGUAAACUUAGGCAGAUUUCUGAAUUGAAAACUGAGCAAAAAGCCAAAGUUUCCAAAACAGUCAGCAUUGGUUGAUCAGCACAUAUCUUCGUGAAUUACAAAGAUGCCAUUAAAAUCUGCACUUGUGGUGUUGGUCAUGGUGUGCUCGCCAUGGUGUGUACAUCCAGGUCAAUAAUUGAGUCAUUGAUGAGCUACCUCUACAUGCAUCAUCAAUAAUAAUUCCAUAGUAAUUAUUGGAUCUUUUAAUUCCUUUGUCAUUAACUGAUGUUAAUUUGUUACAUGAAAUUGUUGACAGCAACAGGUCAGUGGAAGAGAAAUUUUCAAGUAGGAUAGUGAAAUAGGAUGUGCCUGUAUAUGAUAAUUUUCUUUUGACCAAUGAGAAUGUAGGGCUCUUGGCACUUCCAUUAGAUAUUGUGUAAGGGUUUUCUGGAUUGGCCGUAAUUCCAUCAUAUCCAUAACGGUCAGAGGUUCAAUCAUAACAUUCCACCCUCACAAUCUUACACGAUAUUUUUAACACAUUUCAGAUGGAAACCGUCACAAGCGUUAAAUAUGGCAUCUUUUAAAAAAGAACAACAACAUAAUCUUGUGCUACAUGUAUGUUUAACGAAUGAUUUUUUUUGCUUACAAAGACAAUGGCUGUUUUUUGGC